AUGGCUUCUCCGCGAGCUAUGGAAAACACCGAGAACAGUUUGGACAAGAUCAAGCGCCAACUAGCUUCCGCUUCUGGUAGAAACUUGUUGCAGGGACCACUUCUUAAGAGAUCCGAAACUCUGAGGAAAUGGAAUGAACGUUGGGUGAUCUUGGACCCUACGACCGGAAGAAUGGAAUACAAGUUGAGAAGAAAUGAGCCGACUGUUAAGGGAACAAUUGUGUUUGACGCGAAUAGCACCAUUACUGUGUCUCCUGUGAAUUUCAACGGGCAACCGAAGUAUGACGGGUGCUGCAUUUAUAUCGGGACGCCACAGAAAAAGGAUUAUUUUCUUUGCGCGGAGACUCCUGGCGCAGCUAGAGCAUGGGUGUCAACUUUGCAUGCGACUCAGUUGGUUCUGAAAGCUCAUAAAGAAGCUGUGAAUUCCUUAAGCGGGAAUGGUUCUACGAAAUUAGGAACUGUUGCAACCGUUGUUGCUGCCGCCAACUCAACAGCCUCGGAAUGUUCUAAAGAAAUCGAAGCAGCUAUGCAGAUUUCUUUGCGAACCGCACUUGGAAUGAUGCCAAAUAGGACCACUGAUGGUCCUAUGGAUGAUUUAGCAAUCAUGAAGGAAACACUACGAGUUAAGGACGAGGAGCUACAGAAUUUGGCUCGAGACCUUCGGGCACGCGAUUCAACUAUAAAAGAAAUAGCAGAUAAGUUAUCCGAGACUGCCGAAGCUGCUGAAGCUGCAGCAUCUGCUGCUUAUACUAUGGAUGACCACCGGAGAAUCGCCUGCGCAGAAAUUGAUCGUUUGAGAAAAGAAUCCGAGAAGCAGCAGGAGGCGUAUGCACAAAAGGUAAAGGAGUAUGAAGAAAAAAUUUCGGGCUUAAGCAAAGAAAGAGAGCAAUUAAUCAGCCAGAGAGAAGCUGCGAUCCAGGAGGCACAUAUGUGGCGUACUGAACUCGGGAAAGCUCGAGAGCAUGGUGUGAUCUUAGAAGCAACUGUAGUAAGGGCGGAAGAGAAGGUUAGGGUUGCAGAGGCAAACGCUGAAGCUAGGAUAAAGGAUGCUGUACAGAGAGAAUCGGCGGCAACAAAAGAGAAGCAGGAGCUUCUCGCAUAUGUUAACAUGCUAAAAGCACAACUUCAAAGGCAACACAUCGAUGCAACUCAAGUUGUGGAGAAGACAGAGUCGUGCUCGGAUACAAAGCACGUGGACCCUACAGAAGAAAAUGUCGAUAAAGCAUGCCUUAGUGUUUCUCGAGCAAACCCUAUCCCUGCCGAGAACGUAGUUCACAUGGCAACAGAUCAGGUAAACAGCAUUCAGCCAGUUGGUGACAAUGAAUGGAGCGAUAUUCAAGCGACAGAGGCAAGAAUAGCCGAUGUAAGGGAAGUAGCAGCGCCAGAAACUGACGGAAGCAGCUUGGAUAUUCCGGUGGUUAGCCAACCAGGCAUCAAUCAUCACCAUGAACAAGGAUCAAACUCUUUCCAUCAGCCUUGA